AGGGUUUUUGCUUUCUGCAUUGGCUCCUCUCUCUAAUUCACUCCCAUUCAAUCCUCACAACAAGCGCCAUGGCUUUAACUCUAAUCGAACCCACAAAUUCCACAACUGAACAAAGCCCUAACUGUCCCAUUACAGGCAAAAACUACGAGCUCAAGUUAAACGAGUCAAUACGAAACCUCUUAGCCGAAACCCACAAAGAAGCCCCCAAUUUCUCACAUUUCAUUCAUGUAUUCCGCGAAUUAAUGCAAACCCAGCACGACCCAUCUCUCGAAUCUAUCUGGGUCUACGCCGGAUUAACCUUCCGUAGCCGGAAUUUACCGAAAGAUGACCUUUUGGAUCGGAUUUCUGCCUCAAAGGACCUGUUUCAAUUGGUAUCGGCGUGUUCUGUUUCGUGUGGUGCUUCGAAGAGCAUAGCAUUGCUCGCUCCGGUGGUGUUCGAGGUGUACAGGGUGGUGGUUGAGUUACUUGGAAAGGACUCGGCUUUGAAGAGGGAGAGGAAGGCAAUGAGGGAGGCUAAAUCUUUGGUGGAAGCCAUUCUUGGGUACAUGAAUGUGUGUUGCUGUAAAGAUGAUGGUGAGCAAUGUGGUUCGAAUAUGAUAACUCCUUUUGCGGAUUUAGUUCGCAUUUGGAUCGAUUCGAAUGGCGGAGUAGAGUCUUUCUUGCCGCUUGUGAGCGGUGACGUUUGUGAAAGGCUUAGCGUAGGAGGAUGUGGUGUUGGUCACUUGGCUGGAGUUGUCAUUGCAGAGGUGUUUCUGUUGGAACUGUGCUUGAGAUUCCGUGCAGGGAUUGUGAGGGAAGAGUUGGAGAAGGAGCUGAGGAGUUGGGCUGUUGGUUCAAUUACUGGCUUGGGGAACUUUUACUUUUUCGAGACCCUUGUCCGAAUGCUGCUGGAGGCGGUUUUACCUGUGACUUCCCUACUGAGUUCUGAAGAUGAAGUUUUGUUAAGAAAAGUCCUCUAUGAUGCUGUCAUAUUGGUAGAGUAUUCUUUUCUAAGUCCUGAGAGAGCAAUUUAUGUACCUGCUGAGCGCAUGAAAUGUCUUGCCAUGGUGAGAUUGAUUAUUACACAUGAGGCUGUAGAAUUUUUCAGGAAAUUUGGGGAUCAGAUGAGAGCUAUCUCUUACGUAAAGGCCUUCGCCGGUUCACAUUUACCUUCCCAAAUUAUUAAAUGGGUCACCGGCCAGAUUGGGUUGUCGGAAAAAGCGAAUCUAUCAAAUGGAUCUUCACCUAAAGCUCUUAUUAAGUGGCUACUAAACCUUGAGGAUCGAGGAAUAAGAGUACUUGAUGAUAGCAUUUCAAAAUGGCGUACCAAAUUAGUUCUUGAUAUUUCCAAAGCAGACUUUGAACAGCCUUCAUCUAAGUUGGAGGGCAAAAAAGUGGAUGAUGAUAUUCUCUUUUACAUUGAUAAUAAGGGGGAAGAUGAAGAUGCAGAUGAGGAUAAGAUGAACGAAUCAAUGAGCACUGCAUUUGUAGCUGCUGCCCACACAAUGAAGUCAACGGAAAAUGGUGGAAGAAAACGGACAGUAGGGAGAAGUGGUGAACAGAAGAAAAUCAAAUUUGUCAAGUAUGACCUCUCUCAAAAUUCUGAUUCAGCCAGACCAAGGCCUUCAUUUUUCAGUAAUGAUGGUUUCAGUAGUGAGAGUGAAGUUGAGAAUCCACUCUCCGAUGAGGAUACAGGAACGAAGUAGGAAAGUUGUGAAGAAGGCCUCAAUCAUGCUAUUUCUAGCAACUUCGCUUUUUUUUUGUGCUCCCUUACAUUUCUCAAUGCGUAUUUAUAAGAACGCAACCAAUUUCAUGAUGAAAGUAUGUGUAACCAUUCUGUUUGGUUAGGCAGAUGAGGUUUCUGGAGAUGCCGAUGAGAACCCGAGGAGCUGCCUUAGAGCACUCAUUGUGGUUGUUGUAUUUUAGGGUUGCAUGUAAAAUGGCUAAUCAAAAGCUUAAAAAAUGUGUCCAUCUGAUUCUCUAAACCAAAUGCGUUUUGUAUUUAACUUAAGAGAAAUACUAGUGGUACCAAAUCUUUUACCAA